ACUGCUCUCGCUAUCGGCCCCUUUCCAAGAUGGCCGCCCGCUUAUCAGCGGUCACUUCCGUGCCCAGUGAGGCCUCCGGUUCCCGGUGCGGCGGCGAGCGCAGCGGCCCGCGGUCCCUCGGUGCCCGUUAGUUGCUGCCGCUCCUCGGAGGUCUGCAAGGCAGAGUGGGACAGCCGGCGAGUCAUGGUGUUGCUGCUGCGGCUGCUGCUGCUCCGGGGGCGCUGCUGGCGGCGGCCUGCCCCGCCGCCCGCCCCGGCCUGGGCCUGGGCUCGCCCGCGGCCCGGUGGCUCUGCCCUCGGCGCAGGUCGCGGCCUGCAGAGCCUUCUGUCACCAACACACUUCCCCAUGUGUCAGGGUCUUGGUGGAGUCCUGGUGAAGCAACACAUAAUUCGUGAUCCAGUCCGGCUUCGGAAUUUCUUAGGUAGCACUUACUGGUUUACUACUUCAAGCUGUCGGGGAAGUAACCAGAAGAAUGGAGGAUUCAAAAAGAAAUCUCCACAGGAGGAUGAUGAGGAUGAGAAACGCAGGAAGAAGGAAAAUCAAAUGCAUAUUGAACGUUUACGGGCACUCCUCAUCCUAACUGUCAUAGUGCUGUUGUUUCGAUUCAUGCUCAGUGAGAACAGAGAAGGGACCAACAUUUCCUGGAACUACUUUGUGAAUGAGAUGCUGGCAAAGGGGGAGGUCCAGAGAAUCGAGGUGGUGCCAGAGAGCGAUAUUGUGGAGGUUUAUCUGCACCCAGGAGGAACCCCACAUGGACAAGUUAAUGUUACCCUGUUGUACACAAUGCGGGUGGCAAACAUUGACAAAUUUGAAGAGAAGCUGAGAGCUGUGGAGGAUGAGCUGAAUAUUGAUGAGAGAGAGAGAAUCCCCAUUUCCUACAAACAUCCUGGCUUUUAUGGAAAUGAUGUCAUUUCCCUGAUAGUGACACUUGUAGCUGUGUCCAUGCUGUGGAGCAUCUUCCGCCUCAUUAGGGUUGCCGGACGGGUAGGAGGAUUCAACGCCUUUAACCAGUUGAAAAUGGCUCGUUUCACCAUUGUGGAUGGAAAGUCAGGAAAAGGGAUUGGCUUCAAGGAUGUGGCAGGAAUGCAUGAGGCAAAAAUGGAAGUCAAGGAAUUUGUGGACUACUUAAAGAACCCUGAGCGUUACCUGCAGCUUGGGGCUAAAGUGCCCAAGGGAGCCUUGUUACUUGGACCGCCAGGCUGUGGAAAAACAUUGCUGGCAAAGGCAGUGGCUACAGAAGCACAGGUGCCAUUUUUGGCUAUGGCAGGCUCUGAGUUUGUGGAGGUGAUAGGAGGUCUUGGAGCUGCCAGAGUCAGGAGCCUCUUCAGAGAAGCCCAGGCUCGAGCACCCUGCAUUGUGUACAUUGAUGAAAUUGAUGCUGUGGGCAAGAAGCGUUCAACCAAUAUAUCUGGUUUUGCCAAUGCUGAGGAGGAGCAGACCUUAAACCAGCUGCUGGUGGAAAUGGAUGGAAUGGGGACCACAGAUCAUGUCAUAGUGCUGGCUUCCACCAACCGUGCUGAUGUCUUGGAUAAUGCUUUGAUGAGACCUGGGAGGCUGGACAGGCAUAUCUUCAUUGAUCUUCCAACACUCCAGGAGAGAAAAGAGAUCUUCGAGCAGCACCUGAAGGGCCUCAAACUGAUCCAAGAUGCCAGCUUCUACUCACAGCACCUUGCAGAACUGACUCCAGGCUUCAGUGGAGCUGACAUAGCGAAUAUAUGUAAUGAAGCUGCUCUUCAUGCUGCUAGAGAAGGUCACAAAUCCAUUGAUACUUUCAACUUUGAAUAUGCUGUGGAAAGAGUCAUUGCAGGCACUGCCAAAAGAAGUCAGAUCCUGUCACCAGAAGAGAGGAAGGUUGUGGCGUUCCACGAAUCAGGCCAUGCACUGGUUGGCUGGCUGCUGGAGCACACUGAAGCUGUGAUGAAGGUUUCCAUAGCCCCUCGAACAAACGCCGCUCUGGGAUUUGCUCAGAUCCUUCCAAGAGAGCAGUACCUCUUCACAAAGGAACAGCUGAUGGAGAGGAUGUGUAUGGCACUGGGAGGGAGAGUGUCCGAGGCCAUCACCUUUAACAAAGUCACUACAGGAGCACAGGAUGAUCUGAAGAAAGUGACCAAGAUAGCCUACUCCAUGGUGAAGCAGUAUGGAAUGGUACCCAGCAUUGGGCAGGUCUCCUUCCCAGACCUCGAUAGUGCACCUGGAAUUGGUCGGCGCCCUUUCAGCCAGGGACUUCAGCAGAUGAUGGACCAUGAAGCAAAAGUCCUGGUGGCUCAGGCUUACAGGCGCACAGAAAAGCUCUUACUGGAGAACAGGGACAAGCUACAAAUACUGUCUAAUGCCCUCCUGGAGAAAGAAGUGAUAAAUUAUGAUGACAUUGAAGCCUUAAUUGGGCCUCCACCCUACGGGCCAAAGAAAAUGAUAGCUCCUCAGAGCUGGCUUCAAGCAGAGAGAGACAAGCAAGAGACAAGAGAUGAAGAAAUGCCCCAGCAGCCACCCAACCAUGAGGAGGAGGAGGAACCACGUCUGAGACCAGUAUGAAGCCCACUCGUGAUGUGGAAUGGGAGGACUUGAGAGGCUUAUUUUGGACACAGACCUUUUCCCUUUUCCAGAAUUAAAGAUACUGAAUAGGGAAUCUCUGUGCUGCUGUUAACCAAAAAAAUUGGCUAUGUUGGCUCUUUUAAUGAGCUUUUACUGCAGGAAGGAGAGCUCCUUAGAACUUUGAAAUUGAUUCUCAGCAGGGUAGUAGUGAUUAGGAGUCGGGUAAGUCUAAUCCACUGGAAAGAUUUCUUGUACACAGCAGUGAUGUACAUGGUCUUAAGGGUGAAAAAGAUCCCGUGGAGUCUUUAUAAGCCACCUCUAGCUGUGCUGUGGUGCAUGGCAGGAGUGCAGGGCUGUCCCUUCAGCGCCAGGACAGUCAUAUAGUGAAACCCCAACAUAGCUGAGGGGGUGUAGUUGCUGUGUGACUCUGCUGUCACCUUUGAUCACUGUUGCUGCUGAACAUUAAAAUAGAAGCUGAAAAACAGACUUCACUAGAAUAAACUGUCUAUAAUGUG